AUGUGGGGCUCGUGGCUGGAUCAGAUUCAGAAGAAGCUCGACGAUGUCUCCGGACUAGCGGAGGAGGCUGAUGGGAACGUGCAAGAAUACGAUGGGUGGGAGGAGGACAAUGAUGAGGAGGGUGACGAAGAGGAGCAGGAGGGGAAAGAGGUGCAAAAGGAAGAUGUAGCGAAUGGGCGGAGUAAGAGUGGUCACUCCCAGGUGACCGAACUUCAGCAGCACCAGAAGCAGGAACAAAAAAAUGAGGGGAAUGCGGAGGGACCACUUCCACCGCAACCGCCUGAGCCCCUUGAAGCAGCUUCGCCCAUCCCGGAUAGUGAUGCAUCCGAGUGCCGACCAGUACCGCAGAACACAACGCCAAUGCCAGCGAGACCCGCAUCGCUUGCUGAGAGGACUGCAGAGGAAAAUGUGCCUGCGGCGCCGGCACCUCAAAGUGUCCCUGUAGCGGACUCUGUUCAAGGCACUGGAGGGGGGAAGUUAGCCUCCGUGCGCACUUCACCAUUGUCGACAAUAAGUCCUGUGGAGUUACCCACCGCUGCAGCGAUAACCAUUCCUGCUGCUGCUGCUGCUGCUUCUGCUGCUGCUGUCGCCACCUUUGCUCUCACUGCCGUCGAACACAGUUCGCCGCUUAGCACCAAGCCACCACCGGCUGGCACACACCAAGACGACGCUGGUGGUGUAGUGGAGGAGGGGCAGUUGCUGCGGUUUCAGCGACAACUAGCGGAGGAGAUGGAGGUGUCGCAGCUCCUCCGCGAGGAGAAUCAGCGCCUCACCCGCAGUGUGGCAGUACUUGAGAAGGAGGUGGGUGCCCUUCGCCACGCCAAGAAGAACGCAGCCGACCCACAGAAACUCGCGGCAGUGGAACGCGAGGGCGCGGAGCUCGCUACACAGCUUGGCAAGGAGCGGGAGCGCAACAAGUCAUUGCAGGAGAAGAAGAUGCAGCUUGAGGGGCGCAUCACCGCACUGGAGGAUAAGAUCGUGCAAUACGCCGCGAAGGAAGAAGAGUGGCGACAGCGCGUGGAGACGAGUGGUGCAAAAUUCCACGCCUCGCAGGAGGAGGUCCAGGAGCUUAGCGCACAGCUGGAUGCGCAGGGGGAGGUUGUGCGGGAACUGCAGCAGCAGCUGUCGACCGCGCAGCGCAGCCAUGCGGAUCUCGAGGCGUCAUACCACCAGGAGCUCUCGCGCCACAAGAGUGAGAUGAACCACGAGAGAGAGAAUAUAUCGGAUACACUGGAGACUUUGCGUCGGGAGAAGGAGAGUUUGGUGGCGUCGCUGCAGCGCAGCCAGACAGCCUACGAGCGGCGCCUGCAGGAAGUGGAGGACAAACUCGUUCUGGCGAAUCGACGCGCCGACAAUGCCGAGACGCGGCUGACGGAUCACGAGCGUGGCUCGCUGGGACCGUUGCGGGAGCUGCGCACCACCAUGGACGAUAUGGAGCGGCAGAAGAAGCUUUUGCUGGAGGAGAUCGAGUAUGCCACGGAGGAGUGCGCCGCGCUGAGGCGCAGCCGCGCAGCCGACAGCGAGAGCUUCGCGCAGCGGCUAGCCAACGCGCGGAAUGAGCUGCAGGCGGCGCGGGACGAGAAGAGCGCUGUUGAGCAGGAGCUGUUGCACUGGAAGGGGCGACACGCUCAGCUGCAGAAGGCACUCGAUGUCGCUCUUGAGCGGGCCUCCCGCGCGGAGGCGCUGAGCGAGCAACUCUCAGUCGCCGUGGAGGAGGCAAGGCGGCGAGUGGACAAUAUUAGCGGCAGCGGCAGUAGUAGUAAGAAGCCUAACAACAACAACAACAAUGUCACGCCAAAACCCUCUUUGCAUGUAGAGGAAGAGGUCGCUGUGGGGGUUCUGUCGCCAUCACUUGACAUGAGCGGCAGCCACACGCGACUCGCUCUCUUUCAGGUUGAGAGCAGCGAGACGUCUGCUGAUGUGUGUCGCGGUGGCCGUGGGCGUGUGGAGCGUGAGCUGGUGCGGCAAGCCGUUGAGAUUGAGCGUCUUCGUCGUGUGGAGACGGAGGCGGCGGCAACACAGCAGAAACUGGCAACCCUCGUCGCUCAGCACGACCUCCUCAUGCAGAUGUACGGCCAGCUUCAAGAGGAGCUUCAACAACAACAGCAACAGCUGCAACAGAACCAGCGUACAUUGUAG